AUCACCACCACCACCACCUCAUCAUCAUCAUCAUCUUCAUCAGAGAAACUCAAAAAGAAUGAAAAAGAAAAAAAGAUAACACACUUUACAGUGUACUGGCAUGACAUAAUGAGCGGCCCCAACCCAUCCGGUGCCAUGGUAGCCCCAGCUCCGACCACCAAAACCUCCACCACCGGCUUCGGCCUCGUCCGCAUCAUCGACAACCCUCUCACCAAAAGGCCCAACUGUCCUCCGACCCUCGUCGGCCGUGCUCAGGGCUUUUAUGCUUCCACUUCUUUGGAGUAUGUUGGGCUCAUGAUGGUCAUGAACUUUGCUUUCACUUCUGGUAAGUAUAAUGGCAGCACUGUCACCAUUCUUGGCAGGAAUGAGGUCUUCACUGAAGUCCGUGAGAUGCCGGUCAUCGGCGGUAGUGGCCUUUUCCGGUGGGCUCAGGGUUAUGCUCAGGCCAGGACUAGCAUGCUUAAUAUGACUACUGGUGAUGCUGUUGUCAAGUAUGAUGUGCAUGUAAUGCAUUAUUAAUUGACUUCAUUUU